AUGAGCGUUUCUGUCAACUCCAAGAUCCUCGGCCAGCUGAGCCGGCCCGAGGCUGAGACACUGCUCGGUGCAAGUGACAACUUGACCCCCUGUCAGGUCAAGAUCGUCAAUGUUCCGCAAAUCGUUGUCGUUGGUGCACAGUCCGCUGGAAAGUCCUCGGUUCUACAAGCAAUCACCCAUAUCCGCUUCCCAGACCACGCCACAAGGUUUGCAACCGAGUUGAACCUCCGAAAAGCCAGCGAGGCGCGCGUCGAUGUGAAUGUCAAAUUCGCAGAUCCAUCAAAACCUCCCAAAUCGUUCGAACGAGAUGGCUUUCAUGAGGUUGACCUGCUUGACAUCAUCGAGGACGCCACAGAGUGCAUGGAUCUCGGCGCGACAGAAACGGAAAUUUCCCAAGAUGUGCUUUGUAUCGACAUUCAAGGACCUGAGUUACCUACUCUGCGCUUGGUGGAUCUCCCUGGUCUUUCCUCAGACGGCAAGCAAAAGGUUGAUGAGCUUAUCGAGAAAUACAUGGGUCAACAAAACAGCCUAAUGGUUGUGGUCCUGGCGGCUGACGACAGCGACGCGAACUGCGCUACGCUCGAAAAGGCCAAGCGCGUCGACCCCCAAGGACAAAGAACAUUUGGAGUCAUCACUAAACCAGACCUCGCACCUGCCGGAUCUGACGUUGAGCAAAAAUACGUCAGAAUCGCGAGAGGCCAGGACGCUGCGUUCGAGUCGAAGCUCGGCUGGCACGUUCUUCACAACGGUUCCAGCAGCACAGCGAGCUUUGGGUCACGAGACGAGCAUGAGGUGUCAUUUUUCCAGCAGGGUGCUUGGGCGGAAAUCCCCACCCAAGCUUGCGGCAUCCUUCGUUUACGGAAAAAGCUCAGGGAGCUUUUAUACACUCAGAUGAGAAGAUCUCUACCCGAGGCCAUCUCAGACAUCCAAGAGAAGCUCAAGGUGCGAAGGGAGAAGUUGGAGAAGCUUGGCACCUCCAGAUCUGACCCGAGAUCGUUCCUGUUGGGCGUUGCUGCCGAUUAUCAACGCCUUUUGAGGGAUGCUCUUCACGGACGAUACAAUGACGAAUUCUUUGGAGGGUUGAACGACGGUGACCACAAGCUACGUGCUCAACUUCGUAACUUUAGCCGAGCCUUAGAUCAUGUCCUUCGCACAAGAGGUUCGACACAGGUGAUGGGCCCGGACGACGACGUUCCUGAAUAUGUCAAGGAGUUCCUGGUCCGAUACCCUUACGACUUCCCGGAUGCGAAGGUCAUGACGAGAGAGGAGCUCCGCGCUCAACUCGAGAGACAAGCGGCCGUCAACCAAGGCCGAAAGCUCUCUGGUAUUCCCGACAGUGAGCUCAUGGUCCAACUGCUUAAACAGCAGGCGGCAUCAUGGAAGCCUAUCGCUGAGUACCACGUCGAGCUGGUGGCGACAGUUGUCAAGGCAUUUGUUGACCAAGUCUUUGUACACGUGGCAGGACCCCUGCACACCAAUCAAACAACAGAGAUGAUCCUGACGGAAUACGUGGACGACUUUUUCGAAACCGCCAAGGACGAGAUGCACCACAAGAUUGACGAGCUAUUGAGGCCUUACCUCGAAGGCUAUGCGCUACCCUUGGACCUGGAGUCCAAUGGUGCCGAGUGCGGAAUGGACAAGGCUCUGAAUAUCAUGCAGGCGUAUCAUCAGAGAUCUCGACGCACCUUUGUGGACAAUGUGACCAACUAUGCGGUCCAAGGUUGCCUCAUCCGCGGCCUACCUGGUCUAUUUACACCACAGAAGAUUGGUAGCCUAAGUGAUGAGAGUGUGGAGGAAAUGGCAGCCGAACCUAGUGACAAGCAGCCACAACGGGAAAGUCUCCACGAAGAGAUCAAGCUUCUCGAGCAAGGCUUGGGCCCAUGCAAGCGAUACAAGCCCAGGGCAAUGACAGUACCGUCGAUUCGCAACACUCCCGCCAGCACGACCAGCGCACCUGAGACCGGAACUUCAGAUGCUGAUCUAGGUACCGCCAAGGCAGUGAAAACUGUUGACGCCCCUGCAGGAGAGUCUGAGGAUGUCGAUACCACAGUAGAGGAGUCCAAGGUCCCCGAUACCGAGGAAACGACCACCGAUGCACCUGAGUCUUCGGAGCAGGAAAAGACGGAAUCGGUCCCAGCGGAUGCAGGUACAACACCAGCUCUGGCCAGCAGCUCCGGAUCAUUCACCAACAGCCUUGAUCAGAUGCUCGCUACUGCCACUCCUCAGAGCGCCGUUGAUAGUGCCACCGUUGAGACCAGCAAGCCGGUAGACUCUAUUCCUGUGCCUGACCAGAAGCGUAACAGCGCAGCAUUUAUCGACAUUCUGCCUGGGUCGCCAGACUCUAAGCCAGCGUCGAUACUCGCCAAUCUCCAUUCCGAGAUGGAGAAGACCGACACGGCGUCUCCCCAGCCCAGCAUCAACGGUGUCUUGGCUUCGAAAUCCCAGACACCUCAGGAGAACGGUAAGGCGUUCUUCAACGGCGGUCCUCCCAAGCCAGAAGAACCAAGACCUACAUCCCCCCCUCUGAGCCCCUCCAGACCUUUCAGCAGCGAUGGUAUACUCUUCAGCAGCCGCGCAUACAAGCCCCGGGACCCUGGCCCAGAGCUGGCGCAGCAAGGAUCUAGCUCUAGCGGUGGUGGAAUCGGCAACAGCUUCCGCGUUAUCUUUUCCAAGGCAAGCAGCUCAAAACCCCAGACAAACACGACCAACACAAACGGAUACUUCGGGAAGCAUUCGGCUGCCUGA